GGCGGAGUCACAGUAAGAUGGCUGCGGUUAAAGGAGGCAGUGUUUGAGAAUAACCGACUGGGAUGUUUAUCUCCGCGGUCUGAUAGAAGGAGUGGUUUUUUAUCGGCCUCUCCGGUUCUUCGAGCUCUAUUUAAGCGUCUGUCUGCGUGUUUCUUUCCUCCUCUGCUGUGUUGACAUUGUGGCAUUCAUUAACACCAGCUAGUCAUUAACCAUUAGCCUGCUAGCUGGUUGCUAGCAGUUUAUCGGUGGAAUCAAAGCUCUAAAAACAGACGACACUGUUCGGGAAUCCUGACAAAUACGCAGCUCAGCGGAACUGUCCGGACUAUGGAGUGGUGUUGGCUUCAGACUGGAUGACAGGGUCUACACGGAGGACAAGGUUACAGUUGCUAAAGCAGUAGUGGUCUACACUGACAUCAACAGGUGGUGGCAGACUGUUUGCUGCUCCUGACGUCCUUCCCCUGUGUCCAGUUGGACAGGAUGUUCCUAGUCUUCCUUUUCUUUUCCCCUUCCUUCUUUUAAUCUUCUUCUCUGUCUACUGUCAUUUCUACAAUCACCUUAUAAUUUCAUCUUUGCGACCCUUGAGCUGACCUUUACUGGGUCAAGAUGAGUUGGCUGAGCAGGCUAAACCCACGGGGUCCUGGGACUCGGUCCGAUCGGAGCGCCACACCCUCCAGUCCUUGCACAGCAGACCCGGAAACCUGCCUCAUUGUGUUUGAGAACCACUGGAGACAGGUCUCCUGGGUGUUGGAGCAGCACGAGCCUUCGUCCUCCAGUGACGACCUCACAGCAGUGAGGAAUCACACCGACCAGAUGCUGUGUCUGCUGGCAGAGGAACGGCCUGGUGAAGGCUCAGAUGGCAUGGCCGGCGUGCUGCCUAUGGGGCCCAUACUGGAGCUGGUGGCCACAGAAAACAUUCUGGAGCGUCUGGUCCAGUGGCACCUCCGCCGUGGCCUGGACCCUGACAGCCAGGGGGCACUGCUCAAGCUGUUUGAGAUGUUGAUCGGACAGUCCCAGCAGCCCCUGCUGCAGCACACAGCAGUCCUUCACCCCCUGCUGAGGCUGCUGGGAGUGUGUGCUGACCCGGAUGUUGGCUUCAUCGGUUUGGAAAACAGUCUGGUGCUGCUGCUCAAUCAGGUCUGCGUGUCCAUGGCCCGACAGCCGGUGAUCCUGGAGAUGUUGUUCCGGGCGUCGCCGGUGCAGCAGGGUUCCACCAAUCUGCUCAUCUUCUCUCUCCUUGUUCCGUUCAUCCACCGCGAUGGUUCGAUUGGUCAGCAGGCCCGUGACGCCCUCCUCCUGGUCAUGGCGGCCUCGGCAACACACGAGGCUGCGGCACGCUACAUCGCUGAGAAAUCCUACUUCUGCCCGGUUUUGGCUACAGGCCUCAGUGCCCUGUACUCCUCUCUCCCCAGGAAGAUUGAGGUGCGAGGUGACGACUGGCACGCCCUGCGGCGGGAGGACUGGAUGGGUGUGUCCUCACUCAUGCUCUUCAUGAACUCGCUGGAGUUCUGCAAUGCGGUGGUGCAGGUGGCUCAUCCUUUCAUUCGUUCCCAGCUUCUGGACUAUCUCCACAACGGCUUCCUGGUACCCGUUAUGGGUCCCGCCCUGCAUAAGUCAUCUGUGGAAGAGAUGAUCGCCAGCACAGCCUACCUGGACCUGUUUCUGCGCAGCGUGACUGAGAUGUCACUCCUCAAAACCUUCCUUCGCUUCGUCCUGCUGCAUCAUCAUGACAACGACACCAUCGUGGACACACUGCUCACACGCAUCAGCAGCAACUCGAGGCUCUGCAUGGUGUCCCUGGGUCUCUUCAGGACUCUCCUCUCUCUCAACUGUGAAGACAUCAUGUUGCAGCUUGUUCUCAGGUAUCUGCUGCCGUGUACCCACGUCAUGCUGAGUCAGCGUCGCGCCAUCAGGGACACUGAUCUGUACGGAAAAUCUGCAGACAGGUUCCUCUCACUCAUCCCGGAGUGCUGCAGGCAGACUGUGGUGCCCUCAGCUGAGCGGGAGGACGACACUGCUUUCUGGAGCAAAGUGUUGAACAGCCCCACCUCAGAGUCUCCAGCCCCUCCCAGACCCAGCACUCCUUCCCGCUUAGCGUUUUUCAUUCGCCAACAGAGCAGUGGAGGUGGUUCAGAAAGAGGGGGGCACUCCAGUCCCGCUGGCAUGGAUCAACCCGCCUCCCUUCCCCUGUCUCCUGAAAGUCCAGUGCACCAUCAGCGCUCCCACAUAGACUGUCUGGAUUGGGAUUCAGGUUACAUAGAGUACCUCAGAGAUGCCCGGCGAGGCAUUGAAUUUUGCUCCUGGGCCUGCCGUGAUUGGUCCGCACCCUAUGAUGGUGAAAACCCCUCCCCAAGCACAGCACCGCCACCUCCUCCGACCUCCAAUCCUUCCUUGGUGAUGUUCCCUGAACACUUCUCUGUGCAGCUUAUGGGAAGCAACAAUACUCCUCCAGGCCAGCAGAGGGCGGCCAUUGUGGCAGCAGCUCGAGCUGACUGGAGCAGCUCUGAGAGGGACAGCGGGGAGUGGGAUGUCACGAUUGGCAAAAAUGAAUCCAUCAGCCUCACACCUCGCUCCAAGAAACGUAGCCUGCAAAGGGAAGAUGUCUUGCCAAAGCCCAUUCCUCCUCUCACCCCAUCUUCAGCGCGUUCAACCUGCGUUUUGCCGACUCCCUCUUCCCCCGCUCCCACAUCUGCCAUCACUGUGACCUAUCAGGCCAUGUUCAAUGGCACAGCAGGGCAGAGGGACGGGUGCUCGGACCCUCGCGAUCAAGGACUAGAGGUAAAGAAGGUGAAGAGAGACUUGGGUGAGCAGCAAUACUUGGAUGAAAAUGCAAAUCAAAAUGGAUCCCUCCUCACAUGCUCCCCUCAAAGCUGCACUUCUGUGCAAGAGUUGAUUUUCAAUCAGGCUAAUAGCGACCUCACUGACACAAAAUCACUCUGUCCAAAGCAGAUUCCCUGUCAGAGUGCCACUCUCCAUCCAAAACCAGACACCAGUGCACUGACCAACACCUCAAAUCCGCACGGCACACAAUCAGAUCUCUCCGAACCCAAUCCGGAGCUGCAGUCUGUAGAGAGUCUCAUCGAGGAGCUGCUGGAAGGAGCACCAGGAGACAGUCAGCUCACUGGAGACCCCAACAGUCAGGGCAUCAGUAUCGAGGCCUUCACGCAGGAACUCAAGGAUCUGGAGGACAAGGUGAAGGAAGGCAGCAGAACCUUCUGCCAGCAGGAGGAAACGGUUGGAGAGUCUGUGUCUGCUGAGCGGCAGGAGGAUGAGACACUGGAGGCAAAGCUAACAGGCGACAUCAAGGGUGACUGUUCUGUGGUGGGUGUCUAUAGUCCGUCUAGACCACUAAGCCAGCCGACUUCCCAACCUUACACAGGUCCCUUCAUGAUGGUUCUGUUCACCAAACUGGAGAACAUGCUGCAGAACUCUCUGUAUGUCAACAUCCUGCUGACGGGCAUUGUGGCUCAGCUGGCGUGUUAUCCUCAGCCCCUCCUACGCUCAUUCCUGCUGAACGCCAACAUGGUCUUCCAGCCCAGUGUGAAGUCUCUAAUCCAGGUAUUAGGUUCUGUCAAGACCCGUAUCGAGGCGUUUGCAGCGUCCCAUGAAGACUUUCCUGCCAUGUUGAAGAAAGCCCAGCAGUACCUGGUGGCUCGUGGUAAAGUGGACUGGACGGACUCUGCUGCAGCCGGUCCGACUCUGAGACGGACCAAUUCACUUGUGAAGAGUCGUAAGCCGUCACUCUGGGACCUGAUCCUACGUCACACCAACAGUCCGACUCGGGCACGGCACGCCGCUCAGCUGGCACUUGCACACGUCCGGGAUGGCAGCCAGUCACUGCACAGCGCUCUGUUCCGGGCCAGUAGCAGCGGAGGGGCGUCCGGGCUUGAGAAGCAAGCCGAGGCACUUCGUGUGAAGAAUGCCGUCUACUGUGCUGUCAUCUUCUGCGAGUUCCUCAAGGAGCUGGCUGCUCUAACUCAAGAGCACGCCGUCACUGUGCCAUUUCCACAGAGUCAGGGAGCAGAGGAAUAGACGGUAAAAGUUCCUCCUUGUCUUGGUCUCGGAUUUGUUUCUUUGAUGUAAGAUUCUGUCACUGAACAAGCCGUCAAUCGCAACAAAGGCAACUUGAACUUAACGGUGUUUUUCUACCAAAAUAAUCACAGGACUGUAGAUGUUUCACGCCUAUGUAAAUGUUGAUUGUGCACAUUAUGUAGAAUAUUUACAUACUCUACAACAUCAACAAAAAAAAAAUCUCAGUCAACACUCGAGAUUUGGGAAGCUAUACGUACGCAUACGUUGGCACAGCGGCGCCACAGAUUAAAGAAACAGGUGUACAUAUUGGUGCUAGUAGAAGUUUGAAGUUGACAGAAAAGAUGCAAACGUUUUGAUUCUAACAAAGUUCGGACAAACACCAAAAACAUCAAGAUAGAAAAUCGUAAAAAAACAAUAUAUUGUAAAGUCCUCAUUCAGAAACGACAUGGAUGAUGGAGUUAUUUUUUGAAUUAAUAUCUACUUUGCUUGAAAAGACUUAUCAAUGAAGGGGAUAAAAACUGGAAAACAAUCACAACAACCUCAUAUAUUGGAAAAUCAUCAUGGGAAUUUUCUUUUACGUAGCAUUAUUUUUGGUUGUGAAUCUGUCAUUUUAAAUUUUUUUUUUAUUUUAAGUAAUAUCGUCAACACGUGGGUAUGGGAGUGUCUGCCUUUUGAUGUUUUUGUACGUGACGUUUAUGGAAAAACGGUGACUUCUUGCAAACACUAAGCCAUUAACCUGUUGCCAAAA